CGGGGCUGCCGGCGCGGUACUGGCGGAAGUGGCGCGCGCGGCGGUGACAGCGAGUCCGCCCGCCAGCGCUGGGCUACGACUCCUGGCCCAGUCGCCUCUCCUGCUUCCUAGGUCCAAGCCGUCGCUGGCACCAUGUCCGGCUACCCCAAAAGCUAUAAUCCUUUCGACGACGACGUGGAAGACGAGGACACCCGGCCGUCACUGUGGAAGGACGCCCGCGACCCGCCCGACGGGUCCGACGCGCCGAUGGACCGUCAGCAGUACUUGCGACAGGAGGUGCUGCGCAGGGCCGAGGCUACGGCCGCCAGCACCAGCAGGUCCUUGUCCCUCACGUAUGAAUCCGAGAAGAUCGGAGUCGCCUCUUCCGAGGAGCUGGUCCGGCAGCGAGGAGUCCUAGAACACACGGAAAAGAUGGUAGACAAGAUGGAUCAAGAUUUGAAGAUGAGCCAGAAACAUAUCAACAGUAUUAAGAGUGUGUUUGGAGGAUUUAUCAACUACUUCAAAUCCAAGCCAGUAGAGACUCCAUCUGAACAAAAUGGCAGCAUUGUCCCGCAGCCCAAUAGUAGAUUGAAGGAAGCCAUAAAUACAAGUAAAGAUCAGGAAAGCAAGUACCAAGCCAGCCACCCAAAUCUCAGAAGGCUGCAUGAUGAAGACCCGAUCCCCAAAGGGCCUGCUUCUGCUGUGACUGCUGAGGUUUACCCAAAGAACUCAAGCCUUCGAGCCUAUCACCAGAAGAUUGACAGCAACCUAGAUGAGCUGUCCAUGGGAUUGGGCCGACUCAAGGACAUAGCCUUAGGAAUGCAGACGGAAAUUGAGGAGCAGGAUGACAUUCUUGACCGGCUAACAACCAAAGUGGACAAGUUAGAUGUUAAUAUAAAAAGCACAGAAAAAAAAGUUCGGCAGCUCUAAAGAAACUGCAAAGGAAUUCUACUCCGUUGUGAUGAAAAGAUUCAAAAGCCUCUUUUAAACUCCUAAGAAAUGUCAUUGAUUAUACAGUAUGUAAUUUAACGUGUGUGUUCAAAUGUGGGUCUUAAGAAAUUUUAGUUUCAAUGAGGAAAAAAAAAUGUGUGUUACACAUUUGGGUAAGAUCAACACCUCUAAAGUUCUGUGAGCUGUCUGUCGAGUGGUAGAAUAACCACAGCAGACUGAUUGUGAAUGCCUUGAGCUUUUGAUUACUGUGCAGGAAGGAGAAGAGAACUGCAUUUUUUUCUUUCGUGAGUAUAUGGAAAGAUGCGGACAGGAUGUCAUUGUGGUAACUACUGCCUUCUAAUUUACUCCAUUGCUGUGUUUCUCACUCCAAGGCCUUACUGUAAAUUCAGAUGUGAAGGGACCCUGGUUUGUGGCAGAGGAAAGGGUCCUUCCACAUCUUUAUAUGUCAAUCAUUGUGGACAUGCCUACACACACACACACACACUGAGCACAUUGUAGCUUUCUCCCCCUGAAAAGAUGCCAUGUCACAUCCAGAAAUGGAAUGUGUUGCCUUCAUUACUCUCCCCUCCUGUCCUUAUUCUUGUCCUGUAUUUCAGUAGAAGGACUCAGAACAGAACUGUUGGACAUGACACCUGAAAAUGUGUGGGAAUUAGAUGAGCCCUUCUUCCCCACCUACUGUCAUCUCAUACUUUCCAUCUCUGGUGGGGACAGAUUUUCUCCACUGGCUCAAGGUCACUGAGAAAGUUGAUAGGGAACCCCUGUGGUGUUUGUGAGCCUUGAGUAUCACACAAACAAAAGCCUCUCCACUGAGCCCUCUGCCUCUGGAAUAAGUACCAUGACAGUGUUUAUUUGGUACCUGGAGAACCCCCAUCCAUUCUCUGUGUUUCUACAAAGUACCCACCUAGUUUGAGGACUUACAGUCACACAUGAUACUAGCCUUCUGUAAGACAACUUGACCAAGAAGCACUCCAGGUACCGUUUUAGCUAGCUAGGCAUGUCCAUUCCCUUCAUCUUCCAAAAGAAAAUAUUUAGAAGCAUUAAUUAAAAUUGAUUUCUACAAUUUUUCCUUGUGUUGGUACUUCCAAUAAAAUCAUUGAAGCAAUA